AUGCCGGGCCCCGCCCUAGAGCCCUACCACGAGCGGCAGCGCGGGUGGCAGUUCGGGGCACGCGGUGAACAACCUGCUGCAGGCGGCUGGCGGUCAGAGGCGCCCCCGGGCGCCCCCCGCCACCUGCCACGGGCGGAGGCUGGCGCCAUAGCCCGCGCGCAGCUGGCGGAGGACCGGAUCUCCCGCGUGGCUCGCUCGGGCUGCCUGCCCGCGUCCCGGGACGCGUGCUCCAGCGCGGCCUGGCUGGCGGUGGGGGGGAACUACGACCUGCAGGCGCUGCUGGCGGCGUUGGACCGCCGCGGGUGCCAUGCCGCAGGGCACUGGGCAGUGGAGACCAGAGGGGACGUCGACCGGCUGGAGCGGGAGCUGGGGGAGCUCGCCGCGGGCGACGCCGCGCCGAGGGUCCGCGGAUUGCUCUUGAACCGCAGGUCGCGCUGGAGCCUCGGGCGGCACUGGUACUGUCUGGCGGCCAGCGGCCGCGACGGCGCCUGGCUCUGCCACGACUCCACCCGGGGGGGCCCCGACCCCGUCGCCGCGGGGUCGCUGGCCGCCGCCGCCGCCGAGGUGGCCCGGGCCGAGCUGGCGCAGCCCUGCCGCUGCCUGCGGCUCUGCUCCGGCCGCGGGAGCGCGCUGCACGUUUUCGCCAUCGCGCAGGCGGCCCCGUGA